AUGUUGACACCACACCUCGGCGGCUUCGGUGGCAGUUCUGGCACUGGAAGUAAGCACGUCUACAUCAUCAAGACCGUGACGACCGGAGGCUCGUCCGGCGGUCAAGGUGGAGGUCACGGUGCCAGUGGCGCUGGUCUUGGCAAAGGUUUCGGUGGUGGGGCUGAUGUUUGGCAGUCUGCUGGCGGCGUCGGAGCUGGAUGGCAAGCUGGAGGUGCUGGUGCAGGCUGGCAGCUCGGCGGUAGUGGUUCUGGUGCUGGAGCUGGCUGGCAGCUUGGUGGUAGCGGAUCUGGUGCCACAGCUGGCUGGCAAGUUGGUGGUGGAAAUCUUGGCAGACAUGGCGGAUUCGGAGGCUCGGCUAAGGGCACUGGUGUAGCAACUAAGCACGUUUACGUCAUCAAAACUGUAAGCUCUAGUGGUCACCGCGGUGGUGCUAGUGCUACUGGAGGUCACGGCGGUGGAUUUGGUGGGGCACCAGCUGGAGCUGGCUGGCAACCCACUGGAUCCGGUGCUGGUGCUGGAGCUGGUGCUGCUCUUGGCUGGCAGCCUGCUGGAUCCGGAGCUGGUGCCGGUUGGCAGGCCGGUGGUAAUGGUGCUAGAGGACUUGGCGCCGCUGGGUGGCAACCUGCUGGAGCUGGUGCAGGGUGGCAAGAUACCGGAGCCGGUGCUAGUGGUGCUGAGUGGCAACCAGCUGGCGGUGCUGGUAGUGGCGGAGCCUCUACUGGAUCAGCACAAGUAAUCAUCGUCAAGAGCGCAGGCGCCGCCAGUGGGGCUGGCGCAGGCGCUGGUGCCGGCUGGCAAGCCGCUGGAGCCGGAACUGGGGCCGGCUGGCAAGCUGGCGGAGCUGGGGCUGGCUGGCAAGCUGCAGGAGCUGGUGCUGGGGCUGGUUGGCUGUCUUCCGGCGGCCAAGGUGCUGCCGGAGGCGCUGGUUGGUGGUGAAGGCGGUACGCUGUGUCUUCACCAUGGAACUAUAAUACUCAG